AUGCGUCUUCCACUGCUGCGAGCGAGAUCUGUAGAAUCGCAUCGCCUUCUCCCUCGCAUCACAGCGCAUCGCCACACAACAGUCCACCGCACAUCUCCGCUAGAUACCCGCAGACAACUGUACACCAUGGGCUCCCCGACGCAUAUCCAGGUCCGCGCCGACGAGACGGGUCUUUUGGGCAUGAAGCAGACGCCCGAGGCCGCGGCCAAGGUCAGCGCGCUGCUGCAGGAAGACAUGGAGAAACACAAUGUCUUUUUCAACGAAAAGGGAUACCACAACCAUCUUGUCCAUCAGCUGCUGGCGCUGUACGGCACCGGUGCCACGGCCGAGGACAUCCAGCGCGGCUACGAUCACAAUAAAUCCUACCAGCUGAAGCGAAACGAGCAGGGCGAGAAAGCUCAGAAUGCCCUCCGCGACAACUACGACGAGGCCGCCAAGGAAUUCUACGGCCGUGGCCGAUACUACGGCGACUUUCUUCGCUUCUACCAGGGCGAGAUCGAGAAGCAUGGAUGGCAGGAAACGGUCCUCAAGUAUCUCAUUGGCAAGGAACCAAACUUUCGUCGCCUCUUUGCCGGCCUUCUACACCCGUACCUCCAGCUCAUGUACGGCUUCGAGUGGGCGCAGCCCGCCAUCGUCGCCGAGGGCCUCGCGCAGACGAGCAUCCACAGGGACAACUACGGCCCCCUCUUCGCCACCGUCGACGAAAAGAUCCAGCAGAACCCGCCCGCGAAGCAGCGCCACCUGGCCGACCUCUACGACACCAUCGCCGCCGAGUACCCGCACCUGGUGGCCGAGUCGCGGUGGGAGGACGGCGACGGGAGCCAGGCCGCCGUGCUGGACCGCAUCCCGGACCAGGUCGCCGACUACCUCGCCGCCAACGUCAAGGUCGGCCCGGACGGCUUCGACGAGCAGGUCGACGCCAUGGUGCACGCGUCGGCGUACUUUGCCGCCGCGUCCAUCUUCCACCCGCCUCACAAGCCCAAGUUUGACUUUUUCAUCAUCCAUCACAACAACCUCAGCCCCGCGUUCCUCUGGCUCAAGACCCAGGACUGGAUCCCCGCGGCCGCCAAGCUCCGCCUCCUCGAGUGGAAGCUGCGCACCGGCAUCCUGACGUUCCUGUCCCGCGGCAGCCCGCGCUUCGACAUGGCCGCGCUGCGCGCCUACGUGCCGCUCGACAUCCGCACCGGUAAGGCCGACAGGAUGGUCGGCAGGCCCGAGGAGCUGCUGCCGCGGCUGCACGCCAUCCCCGACGACGGGCACGUCAUCAAGGUCGCGCGCGCGCUGCUGCUCGCGCAGCAGGCCUCGAGGCCGUAUCUCGACCGCCCGCGGCAGCAGCGCCCGUCGUGGAUCCGCUUCGAGGACGACGAGACGUGGCUCAAGGCGCACUAUGCGCUACUCGACAGCGUCGAGGGAGCCGACGUCGAGAGCGGAAAGGAGCCGCGCUGGGUCCGCUCGGCCGGUUUCGACAGCGCGUGGGAGGAAGUCCCCAAGCUACCUCUCUCUAGUUCGCGACUUUAA